AUGUACAUUCCUUGGCUCAACAAUAUCACGUACCAAAUAACUUCGGCGAUAAACUGCGCCGACGCCAGAGCCGCCUUGAGAAUUCGGCUGUCCUUGGCGCGCUACUUGAACCUCUCGUGGAUACUGAUGAUGCGGACGAUCAGCGACCGCAUCUCGAAUCGCUUCAAGCAGUACCGCGGGAGUUCGCCUCGUCAGCAACGACAACGUCUUCGGCACGACAGAAAUGACACUGUCCGUUGUACUGAGUUACUGCCAGAACAAACAACACGACACGAUCAGCGGAAGCAAAAGUUUUCCCCUCUUCUGACGAAACCAAUCUCUUCGCUACCACAAAAGUCAUCGUCAAGAGGAUCUGGAAUUUUCAAUUUCAACAUCGUUGACAGCAUCUUUGAUGCGCCAGAUGAGUAUGGGAUGCGCGAAACACUAAGGAGUUUCAACGGAGAUAAAAAGGUCCAAGCGACCUUUGGAAAGAUCAUCACUGAGGAGGAAAUACGCGCGUUCGAGUCGAUUGCACGAAAUUACUUCAGCAAAAAGAGACAACGCUACCUCCCUGAAUACUGGGUUCCCAUUCAGUGGGCUGUGCGUCUAGUCCAGAAAGCAGCAAUUCACGGAAACAUUCCUGACUCCAAGAUCAUGAUAGGCGUGUUCCAGGAAAUUGGCGGCUUUCGGAAGCAACUACAGAAACUGAAAACAUUUUGUAGCUUAACCAUGCCGUUGGUCUACACACAGGUGGCCGUGAUCGCAGUGUACAGCUACUUCCUCUGCCAAAUCCUCGCGACUCAACACAUAGAACGCGCUGUCAACGGAACCUCAACAAACACCGGUCUCCCUGUUCCUAUUUUCAGCAUAUUUUACUUCAUCUUCGUGGUUGGCUGGCUCAAGGUUGCGUUGUGUGUAAUGAACCCCUUCGGCGAAGACUACGAGGACUUCGAGACCUCAGACAUGUUCGACUACAACUUGGACGUCAGUUAUCGCGCCGUCCUCAUGGACGAGGCAACAUAUCCGGAGGAGCUUAAACGCGCGACGUUCCAAACACGCACAAUGGAGGGCGCAGAAAACGAUAAUCUGAAAAUCUUCCUUGACAAGGUGUCGCGCGACAUGGACGAUGUGGAAUUCGACGAAGACGCCAACGACAUUCAUAACUUGGAGUUUCGUCCUGGAAUUUGCUCGCAAAUUAGGGAAAAGUUUUGCAAGAAGCGCGAAAAGGCCGAUCGAUUUGGAGGCGAAGAGAAGCUCCAACCAUCAAUUCCGAAUCCACUAACAUACUGA